UAGAGCUGCGCUUGAGAGGCUUGAGAGUUCAAAAUCUCAUCAUUAAAUUGAUAACAUGGACUAUCAAUUUUCAACACCUUCUGUGACCACAGGAACUGAAUAUACUGAAUAUUCCUCCCCUGAUUACUCAGACUAUGAUCUUGAGCUCAAUGGCAACGCAGACAUAUGCGACAGAAGCUGGGUCAGGGUGUUUCGAGGGCAGUACGAACCACCGCUCUUCGGGAUCAUCUUCAUCCUGGGUGCCUUUGGUAACCUGUUGGUGGUUUGGAUCUACACCACUGUGCGCAACCGCAUGAAAACAAUGACCGACGUCUACCUGCUGAACCUGGCUGUGGCUGAUCUCCUCUUCCUGUGCACGUUGCCCUUCUGGGCUACCGAUGCCGUCAAAGGAUGGAGCUUUGGUGUUGGUGUGUGCAAAUUUGUGUCCGCUAUGUACAAGAUCAAUUUCUUCAGCAGCAUGCUCCUGCUCACCUGCAUUAGUGUGGACCGCUACAUUGCUAUUGUCGAUGUCAUCAAGGCUCAUAACUUGAAGAGAAAGAGGCUGUUCUACAGUAAACUUGUCUGUCUGGGUGUUUGGUUUGUCUCUGCUUUCCUUGCCCUCCCUGAAUUUAUCUUCGCCCAGGUGAAGACAGACCAAAACGGGCAGUCUUUCUGUGCUCUGGUGUACUCGCACAACGUUAACAACCGCACAAAGAUCCUGGUGCUGGCCCUGCAGAUCUGCAUGGGCUUCUUCCUUCCUAUAUUUAUAAUGUUCUUCUGCUAUUCUACCAUUAUUCACACACUUCUGAGAGCCAGGAACUUUGAGAAGCAUAAGGCGCUACGUGUCAUCUUUGCUGUGGUGUGUGUGUUUGUUCUCUCCCAGCUGCCUCACAACAGUCUGCUGAUAGUGGAGGCCUCGCAGGCAGCUAAUACUACCAUCACUUUGUGUGGCACCCUGACACGUUUUGAUAUAGCCGGACAGGUAGCCAAGAGUCUGGCAUACACUCACGCCUGCCUGAACCCAAUCCUGUACGUCUUCAUCGGAGUCCGCUUUAGAAAAGACCUUGUGAGGAUUGUGAAAAAGUGGGUAUGCUGUCAAGGCAGUACAGAGCCAAGUAAAACACAGAAACCUCCCAAACGUCCAUCUGUCAUGUCAGAUACUGAGACCACCCCUGCUCUUUCCAUAUAA